AUGUGUCAAAGCAAUUCUAGAUGCGAACCGAAAUUCCUUGAUGCUUCUAGAUCUAAAGUUUAGCAUUGGGACCCUUGGACUUGCCGCAGGAACGCUAGUCUCAGCACUAUACGGCAUGAACUUGAAAAACUUCAUCGAAGAAAGCGAUUUCGGCUUCGGCGCCGUGUCCGUGACAUGUUUCAUUAGCAGCAUCAUCGUCAGUCUCUACGGACUUGCCAAAUUGCGCAAAGUCCAACGAGUGAGAAUGUGGGGAGAGGGCAUGGAUACCGCGGGUAUGGGUCCGCUGCAAAGUCGCAGUCUAGCACUGACCAACCGUGGAAAUUGGCGUUCUGACGCAAUUGAGCCCAUGUUGGCUGGCCUGCCUGGUGAAGGAAGAUCCGAAAGGUUGAAGAGAUUCAAGGAGGCCGUCAAGUCCACGGCAAAGGGAAAUUCGGCUACAGAUGCGGCUCGGCGCAUGGCAAUUUCGCAAGCUCGACGGACAGCGAGUCAGUCGCAAGACAAGAAUGCCACAAAACCAGAAGAUAGUGCGUCUGAUGAGACAACCACAAAGGCAUGA